GGGAAAAGUCCCCGACCAGACGAACGAAAGAUGCGGAAGCGGAUGAAGAAGUGGAAUCUGAAAACAAUGGCGGUAGAAUCAAGGAGAAUUUGAGAAUUGUCCAAAAGAAUGAAAAACAGAGUAAACUAGUGUACAGUGAUGAGAAUGACCAUUCGUAUCUAGUAGGAGUACGGUUUGUUAAAUGAGGAGCAGUUGAGCAUUAGUACCAAUCUUGAAGAAACCAGUUGAGUUAUCCAAACUGUUGGAGAGAGUGCUGGGUAAAUUGAGGAGGCAGUCUUGUUUCGAUUUUGUUGUUGUGAUUCUUCGGAUCAGAAGGGACGUGCGUUGUGUCCUAACCGAUUUAAUACGUUUGAAGUCUCGUGUGUGUCUCUUCGCAACAGGGCAUCCCUCAAGUGGUUAUAUCUGGCGUCUCGUGGGAAGUCGAUUUUGAGGAGUUAUUUAUUGCUUGAUAGAAGCACGUCGGAUGAAUCGUGUGGUGAAUGGUGAAACAGUGAAGAGUAACGUUAUCUGUUCUUAUAUCUUUUGAUAUGGAGUCUCUCCCUACUCAAGUGCAGUUAGGGUAUAUCAACUACAGGGUGAAAGAGAAUGAGGUGGCCAAAGUCAGGGUUGUACAGAGCAUUUCAUAUGCAGCAGCUGUGAAAAGGUUUUGAAUGGUAGUGGAUAGGCCUAGGCUGCAGGGGUUGCCUUUCAUCAGCAGGAUCCUGAUAUGUUAAAGGUUAAGAAGGUGGACUUUGGCAUUUAUAGCUAUGGUAAUUAAUGGCACUGCCAAGGUGGAGAGAAGGUCCAGGAAGAUAGAAAUAAUAGUGAUUGCGGUAGAGCGGGGCUGAAAGAUUUAUCAGCGAAGGAGUUAUAUGGAAUAUUGGCACAAGCCCUACCACACUCUCAGGAAGAUAAAGAUAACUGGGGAAAAAAUGAAGUUUUGGCAAUGUAGAAUUUUAUUAGGGUGGAUUAAGUUAGUUUCACUAUUACGUAUGGAUUCAUUUAUUUAAUUUUAUUUGGUUUCAAACCGUCCAGUUGGUGGCGGCAAUACACCUUUUGGGGUGUAGUCCGCCAUAAAACCCACAGAAGAAGUGCGCAUGCUCAACACUUGAACUUGGUUUUGAUUUUGGUCGGCAGCAUGGUUUCUACUGUAGCCGGUAUGGCGGCGAUGUAUGUUGUUUCAUGAGGCAGUGAAGAAGAGCCUUUCAUUCGCACUGAGUGAGAGGGAACAAGCAAAGGCCAUGGCAGGAGUAUUCGACAUUGAUUUGGAUCAGCAGGACGAACAUGUGUCUGAGGACGAACUCGAGGAUGGAAUCCAAAUGAGCGAAUAUGGGCGACAAUGCAGCAGGUUUGAAUUUAACAUGGAUGACUGUGAAAAGUUUGAAAUCUCUGAAGACACCGUCAACAAAGGAACGGAGCAGAUUCGUCCGGAAUGCUUUGAGUUGCUCCGAGUUUUAGGAAAAGGAGGCUAUGGAAAGGUUUUUCAAGUUCGUAAGAUGUCGGGUGCCACUUCGGGAAAGAUCUUCGCUAUGAAGGUCUUGAAGAAGGCCAUGAUAGUGCGUAACGCUAAGGACACUGCUCACACCAAGGCAGAGAGGAAUAUCCUGGAGGAGGUGAAGCACCCAUUCAUAGUGGACCUCAUCUAUGCCUUCCAGACAGGGGGCAAGCUGUACCUCAUCCUGGAGUACCUUUCUGGUGGGGAGCUGUUUAUGCAAUUGGAAAGGGAGGGGAUCUUUAUGGAGGACACAGCGUGCUUCUAUCUGGCAGAGAUUUCCAUGGCUUUGGGACACCUGCAUCUGAAAGGCAUCAUCUACAGAGACCUGAAGCCAGAGAACAUCAUGCUCAGCAACAACGGUCACGUCAAGCUCACAGACUUUGGCCUGUGUAAAGAAUCAAUCCAUGACGGCACUGUUACUCACACCUUCUGUGGCACCAUAGAAUACAUGGCCCCAGAGAUCCUGAUGAGGAGUGGACACAACCGGGCUGUAGACUGGUGGAGCCUGGGAGCUCUCAUGUACGACAUGCUGACAGGAGCACCACCAUUCACUGGGGAAAACAGGAAGAAGACCAUUGACAAAAUCUUAAAGUGCAAACUGAACCUGCCACCUUACCUCACACAAGAAGCUAGGGACCUUCUAAAAAAGCUGCUGAAACGCAAUGCAUCGUUACGGCUGGGGGCAGGCCCAGGAGACUCCUCAGAAAUCCAGAGCCACCCGUUCUUCAGGCAUAUUAAUUGGGAUGAUCUUCUCGCUCACAAAGUGGAGCCUCCAUUCAAGCCUUUUCUGCAAUCAGCUGAUGACGUGAGCCAGUUUGACUCCAAGUUCACUAGCCAGACUCCCGUGGACAGCCCUGAUGACUCCACGCUCAGUGAAAGUGCCAAUCAAGUCUUCCUGGGUUUUACGUAUGUAGCCCCCUCUGUCCUCGAAAACAUCAAGGAGAAAUUCCCCUUUGAGCCAAAAGUCAGCUCACCAAGAAGGUUUCUGGGAAGCCCAAGAACACCAGUGAGCCCAGUGAGGUUUGCUGUGGGGGACUGCUGGCCCCGGGCCCCCACCCAGGCUGGAACCUCGUCCCUUGGGGGUUUUGGGUCUGGAGACCAGCCCAUGGAAGUUGGUGUGGAGCAGAUGGCCAUUUCCUCUGAGGUGUCUGCCCCCCUGCCUAUCAGAAAGCCCUCUGGCAACACCACCACAGGUGGCCCCUUCAAGAAGCAGGCCUACCCCUACCCCAUCUCCAAACGGCCCAAGCACCUCCAGAUGAAUCUAUGACACUGCUCCAUCUAGAACUUCUUUCCUAAAUCCUCCAUUCACUUAUUUUUUUUAUUUUAAGAGACUUAUAGAAAUUAAAUAAAUGACUGACGGACCGUCGGCACCAUUCACCAGCUCCUUCAGACGCACCUUCCAUCCCUGCCUCCCUCCCUCCUUUCCUUCCAUCCCUGCCUGUCCCUCUCUCCCUGGUUGGGCAGCUUGGCAGCCACACAGGGCUUUCUACCCUAGCAGAUAUGACAAACUAUAGGAGCCUCCUGUUAGGGAGAGGAGGAACUAGGGAGAGAACUCCCUCCCACCAAUUAGAGCUUUAAUCAGACAGCAAGAGGUCUUGACUACUUCCUUCAGCCCUGUAGAGUAUAUCUGGAGGAAGAGAUGAGAGCAGUGCUGCUAGAUGCUGCUGUCAAAUUCCGGUGUGCUCCACUGGGCUGGCUUCUCAUGACACGCUGGUGCUUUGUACUUUAGGUGAGCGGGGACAGAGUGUUACUCCUGAUGCAGCAGUGCUUUCCCUCACCAGGAGUGAGACAUUAUUGAUCAAUGAAACUGGGUAAUAGACUUUUAAAGCCUGAGGGUGGAGAUGAUUUCCCCUUAAAUGCCUCUACUUCAUUUUUAGAAUUUGCUGACGAGGGGUUACAGGAUCCAUUGUAGCUGAAUACAGUAGAUGGAGUCAAUCACAGUGACACAAUGUACACAGAACACAAUAUUCACUGUAGACUCAGUUAUCCUGCUAUAUAUAGUGUAUUACAUUGUUCAAUUUAUAAAAAAUAUGGAAUCAACAAUUCCUUUUUCUGCUUUGUCACUUGAACAUCCCAUCAGGAUAAAUCUUGUAGAACAUGUCUGGGCCGUGUUCUGUAUGUAGAAAACGUAUUGACACUGAGUGAAACAGGAAGGUACAACCUGAACUUGUCCAAUGAGAACAUCGAUUUCCCUGAUCCCUACUUAACAUGACCCUGAGCCACGUUCAGUUGCCAAGCGUUGUUGUACGUUGCCAAUAGAAAUGGCAUGAAUAGAGCUGACAUGAUUCCUUGUUCUACAUGUCUACAUAUCACAUUUAUACCUGAACGUUGUGUCCUUCUGAACACGCCCCACGUGUGGUGUCAUUGAUGGAGGGGCAGCUAAAAACACGACGUGUACUAUUUCAGCUGAAUGCAUCACCUCCUGCCCCACUUAUCCUUCAAUACCAAAUGCUGACACUGCUUUACCAGUCUGACUGGAUCUCUAGGUAGAUGGAAAACCAUUUAUGUAUGUAGUACGUUUUUGCGUUGAAUGUAAACUGACUCGAUGCCUUUUCGAGUGUCACUUACUCAGAUGACCCACAUAAGUUCUCCACGAUUAUGAUGCAUGCAGGUUUAUUAUAAUAUUAUGCACCUAUUCUUUUUGGGCGUCUGCCAAUUUGUGAUUGUCAGAGACCAACCGAGAGCUUGUCUUUUUGUAAUUGAAAGAAGCAAAGCAUUGAGGCCAAAUUCUCGUCACCACUGCCUUUUAGUGUUUAGCUAAUCGCCAGGUUGCAUUUUUCUAAUAGUGUACCUGGCUAGGUGCUUCAUGGAUGCUUCCCUCAGUCUUUAUGCAGCCUUGGUGAUAUCAGUAGGGCUAGUACCUCUGAUUCCAUUUUAUCUAGGGAUUGUUUGAAAUAUGGUGUGACUUGAAGCUUAUGUAUGCAUAUAUGUGGUCUUUAACUGUCUUAGCCUCUGGAGAAAAGCCAUUUGAUCCUCCUCUUCCCCAAACAGGAACAUUUGUCACAUUAAUAAUAAUCCAAUCAUACGGUUCUGUCUAGAGGAAGGCAGCAUGCUUCCUGAGACCUAAACUUGAAAUGAUUCCUUUCUGUCUAGCGAUGUAACAAUAUUUGCUCCAGUGAGUUUAGAUACUGUAGUCCCCCCCACCCCCCACCGUGGAGCUAUCAGAUUCACAUGACCAAGAUAACGAUCAUGUUUAAGUGUGUGUGUCUGUGAUUUGAUAAACUUGAAAAUAUGCCUCAUUCAAUAAGCAAACAAUUGUACUAUUCUGUAUAUUUUUGAACCAGGCAGUUUUAUUUGGGUCGUUCUCUGGAAUCUGUUAGGCCUACGUCAUGACUGAUAGGUUUGUAGAGGGACACACACAAGUCCUUUUCAAUACAAUUGAAUGUGUAUCCUGACAAAGGAUUUCCUAUUCCAAGACAGGUUUAUUCAAGUAUACAUUUUCACCCCCUUGUCUGCUUGUCAGUGAAGGAAUGGACAAAUUGCUUUGGCUUCAGGUUCCAUUGGAGGAUGUUUGGUGUGCUUCAGAGCAACUUUCACCCCCACAGUGACCAUGGCUUACCUUUUUUGAAUAUAUUUCUAAUCCAACUUCUGUUUUAUUUUUUACAAGUGCCAUUUAUAUAUUUUUUCCACUGCAUCAGUCACACUAUGCAACCAAUGUAUUUAUGUAUUUUGCAUUAUGUUUAAAAAAUGUCUAAGUAUGUUUUUUCCAAUGAAUCUGUUUUGAGAAACCUCAAUGCAGCAGUUCUUUAGUUUGGAAUAAAGAAUGUCUUAAUAUGUAAGGUGCAAAAUAGAAUCCUAUUAUACGAGGGACAAGUUCAGAAAGUCAGGUGCAAAAUAGAAUCCUAUUGAAGUACAGAAAGUAACUUUUUGAUCAUCUUGUGCCGGCUUCUUUAAUUCUGAAAAAGUGAUAUUUAAUACGUUGCCUGCAGCGUUUUGAUACAUGGGCUGUUUAGGUGUGUGUGAUGAAAAAAUAGUCACUGAUGCAAAAACGAAUGGGGGGUUUGGGGGAUGUGCCUUUCUUGAAGAAAUUGCAUGUAUUUUCAGAUGUGUAUGGAAUGUUAGUUACUGAGGAAGAUGAUUAGACCAUAUGUUUCUGUCUCUAGUGGUAUAGGGUCUUUGAUGAAGUGGUUUUCUGUGCUGCUCUAACCUGUUGAUACUGAAAUGAUCUGAAUGAUACUGAUCUGAGUGAUUUCUCUCAAGUGGUUUCAGAGCUUGAUGACCUUUUUUAUAGUUCAGUGUUCAACUGAAACAAAAUGAGUGAGUGUUUGGGAACAUGAAUAUGAUUGAUCUUCUCAUUAGAAGACUGCUGCAAACAGUUAAUCAGAGUCAAUAUUUCACCCCUAUAUUUAUUCCUAGACAUUUCAGGGGGUUUGGAUGUUGAUAGGUAAGUGGAUGGAUGUGAACAAAAUAAAAAGCAUUACUGAGUUGAAGACUGAAAGUGAUUAUAGUGCAACCUGGAUGGAAUAUGCAACCCCAAAGUUACUGCUCAACUCAACAGCAGUUGCACAGGAAUGGCCAAAAGGAACACUGACUUAUGGUAAGUGUGAUUGUGGCCAUCUAGUUGUGCUAAAUAUCAAGCUGUGUCUUCUGACAUUUUUCUUCAGUGAAAGUUGUAAUUGUCAUAGGAAAUCCUGAAUAAAUAGCCUGAAAUUCUUCAUUUACAUUGCACUGCAGAUGUCGGCUGAAUAGGAAAUUACCUUCAGAUGUCAACCAUGCUUCAACAUGGAUCUUCUGUGGUACAGAUUGAAUCCUGUCCCUAGGUUGCCUUGACCCAAGACUAGUUAUUGGCUGCAGUGCCUCAGAACUAAGCACAGGAAACAUGGUUAAGAA